CCCUGCCUUUCUAACCUGCCUCACUCCCACCUGUUUGCCUAAGUGCUCCCCCACCCUGUUUUUCUUUUACUGUUUCGUUUACCAACCCGCAGCAACAGUGAAGAAAGGAAGAGAAGGAGAGAGGGAGUGUGUGAGUGUGUAAGAGAGGAAAAACAGGACAGAUCAUCAGCCAGUCUGCUGACUCCCAGACUCCUGUAAUUCCACACUAACUCUUCCAGCAACAGCAAAGGCAGAAUCAUUAAUCAAGAAUGGGUUGUUUUGGAUUUCUCAAAGUCAUGAUGUUUGUCUUUAAUGGCAUCAUCUUUUUGGCAGGCGCUGUCUUUUUAGGGGUGGGGAUUUGGGUGAAGGUGGACAGCGGCUCCAUCCUGGGGUUCCUCCAGGGUAUAAAAGAGGCUCCAGCAGCGGUGAGCCAGAUCCUCAACGUGGGCUACCUGCUUAUCGUUGUGGGGGCGGUGCUGCUGGUCAUCGGCUUCCUGGGCUGCUGCGGAGCCAUAAAAGAGAGCAAGUGCAUGCUGCUUAUGUUCUUUGUGAUCGUGUUGAUAGUGUUCAUAGCGGAGGUGGCCGGGGCAGUGGUGAUCCUGGUGUUUAAACCCUUUGCAGAAAACCUGUUUGCUGAACUGGGCACCAAGGCAGUUCAGAGCAUUAGGAGUGAAUAUGGACUAAAUUCAGACGUCACUGGAAUCUGGAAUACAACUAUGGACACGUUCAAGUGUUGUGGAUUCUACAACUAUACAGACUUUACGGGUUCUCCAUUUGAACGCCAAAACCAUUCCUAUCCAACACAAUGCUGCAGCAGUGUAUAUUUCAACUCGUGUAAUGCUACAGGUGCUGCACACAGUGCUGACUCAAACCAGGCAAUCACUGGCUGCUUCUUAAAGUUUAAGAACCUGAUUAACGAUAACACAGUUGCCAUUGUGGCGGUUGCAUUGGGAAUCGCUGCCAUCGAGAUAUUGGCGAUGGCGGUCUCCAUGACACUCUACUGCAAAAUUGACUCAAAGAUUGACUGAGGAUUAAAGGAGGCAGGGCCAUAGACAUGUCUGGUGAUAAUCGGGGGAUGGAUCAAUACUAUCCACUGAAUUCACAAGGCUGAAGAGAAUUCUAAGGAAGCUUUGUGAGGAGGAGAGGUGUCCGCCCUUGAAUUGAGACAGACUGCAUCAAAUCAUUUGCACCCAGCACAAAACAAAUACUAGAUUUGGGAAAUUUAAAUUUGCACUGAAAUAUUUUUUUCUGAAGACUGCUUGAUGAAUGUAGACCUACAUAUUUCCCCCCAACAUUUUUAUUUUUAUGGCAUUCAGUUUGAAAGAAAUGUAGUGUCCGAUGUAUGUCCGAUGUCCAUUUCACACUUCUACAGAUCUAGAUUUAAACAACACUGUAAAAUCACUGUAAAGAAAUAAGUAUGUGUAUUGUCGUGAACAGGUGUAAAAGGCAAAUCACCUUAGACAUUGCAUCAAUUGAUAUACUACUUUUUAAUGUGUCAUAGCUGUACAUACGCUGAUAUAGAAGACAUUUUAAAAUUUUAUUGCAAACUGAGUUUAUCUUAUUCUUUGUAACUGAUUAUUGCAUUGUAGUUCGUGUUAGAUUUAUAUUUGGGUGAAAUAACACUUGAGUUGUGCUUGAAGGCCCAUGGA